UCGGGGAUCGGCAGCAUGGCGGGGACGGGGGAAAAGGCGGCGGGCGGCGGGGGAGCGGCGGAGAGGCGCAAGUACCCGAUCCACGUGGAGGACUACGAGCUGUACGAGGAGAUCGGGCAGGGCGUCAGCGCCAUCGUGUACCGCGCGCUCUGCAAGCCGCUCGACGAGAUCGUCGCCGUCAAGGUGCUCGACUUCGAGCGCACCAACAGCGACCUGAACAACAUCAUGCGUGAAGCUCAGACAAUGAUUCUGAUAGAUCAUCCUAAUGUUGUCAAGGCACAUUGUUCAUUUACAAAGGACCAAACGUUAUGGGUGAUUAUGCCAUAUAUGGCUGGAGGGUCUUGUCUUCACAUAAUGAAAUCAGUCCAGCCUGCUGGUUUCGAGGAAGCAGUCAUUGCAACGGUGCUUCGUGAAGUCCUGAAAGGUUUAGAGUAUCUUCACCAUCAUGGGCAUAUACAUCGAGAUGUGAAGGCAGGAAAUAUUCUAGUUGAUUCUAGGGGUGGAAUUAAGCUUGGAGAUUUUGGAGUCUCUGCUUGCCUUUUCGAUUCUGGUGAUAGGCAGAGGGCCAGGAAUACUUUUGUGGGAACUCCUUGCUGGAUGGCUCCCGAGGUUAUGGAGCAGCUACAUGGAUAUGAUUUCAGAGCAGACAUAUGGUCCUUUGGAAUUACUGCACUUGAACUUGCCCAUGGUCACGCUCCUUUCUCAAAGUACCCUCCCAUGAAGGUCUUGCUUAUGACGCUUCAGAAUGCUCCUCCGGGUUUGGACUAUGAGAGAGAUAAGAAAUUCUCGAGGAACUUCAAGCAAAUGAUUGCUAUGUGUUUGGUAAAAGACCCUUCAAAGAGGCCUUCGGCAAAAAAGUUGUUGAAGCAACCCUUUUUCAAGCAAGCUCGUUCCACUGAUUUCAUUGCUCGAAAGCUUUUGGAAGGAUUGCCUGGCCUUGGUGCCAGAUAUCAAGCUUUGAAGGAAAAGGAUGAGAGUUUAAUGGCUCAAAAGAAAAUGUCUGAUGGAAAGAAAGAAGAAAUCUCACAGGAUGAAUACAAAAGGGGUAUUAGCAGUUGGACCUUUGACAUCGAUGACCUGAGAUCCCAAGCUUCACUGGGCACAGAAUGUGACGACAGUAUAUCAUACAAAGAUUCAGAUACAUCUUUAUACGACUUGGACAGCUUGCAGGAGCAAGCACCCGAAGGUCCUCAUUUGUCAAGAGAUUUCUCAGUGAAGUACGAUGCUGACAUCGAAAAUGAUCUGAAAGCCAAUGAUAAGUCAACUGCUUCAUCCCCUGAUCAGCCUGCUUGCUUGUUAAGGAAUGCUUCUAUGCGUGGGAUGCCUGUAAACGGUCUUGUCAGGAAAGAUAACUGUACGGAAAGCUAUGAUUUGGAAUGUCAAGAGAGGCACCCAGACAUUAUUCCAACUAGCUCAAUGCAUGAAAGGAAGUUUUCUUUUAAUUCAUGCUCAUCGGAUGGACUCCUUUCGUCAAAAGAGAGCUCUAAACUGCAAAGUAACAUUCAUAACCGUGACAAGUGUAAUGGAGCACCCUGGCAUGUAUCAGAUGAACCAUCUCCUGAAGCUGUUCCUAAGGCACAUAAAUCAGCAGAGGACCAUGAUGAUAGAUCGAAACCUCCACUUAUAAGAGGUCGAUUUAAAGUUAUACCUGGGCAUGUCGACUUUGAUAAGGCUCAAUCACCUGGCCUACAAAAGUGUCACAGCAUGCAGACAAUUUCUCGCCUUCCAUCUUUAAGCAUACCAUCUUCCGCAGAGGCAGCAUCAAGCAUUAUUGGUGGCUCCUUCUACAUGCAGCUAUAUAGCGUUCUUCAGACAAAUAUGCUUCAGAGGGAGCAAAUACUUCAUGCGAUGAAGCAGUUAAGUGGUUUUGACAUGGCGUCACCGGGCGUACCUUCUAUGGCUUCACCGUGUAUCCCUUCCACAAGCCGCUCAACAUCUCCAUCAGGGGCAUUAUCAGUUGACAGAUCCAUGUUGGAAGCUGCACAUGAAAAGGAGAAAGAGCUGAUGAAUGAAAUAUUGGAGCUGCAAUGGCGGUUAUUGUGUACUCAAGAUGAGGUACAGAGGCUCAAGGCAAAGGCAGCGCAGAUCUGAUGCUCAAGCUGCGAAGGGAGCAAUCAAGGGCACGUCAUAUAAUCUGUGCCGUCUAUUGAUGCGGUUUUCAAGUGGUUUUUUUUAGCAUAGAAGAGAGAAAAUAAGGAUAUGAUAUAUUUAAAAUAGAACUAGCUACGCUCGAGUGUUCAUUGCUGUUAAGAAAGGACACUAUGUUGGUCCUGAAUAUGUGUGCAUGUGCUUCUGGAUGGCAUGGCGCUGUGUUUUUUGUUGGAGCGCUGUGUCCCGUGUGGGGGAGAGAGUUGAACAUGAUGAUCUGUAAGUUUUAAGUCGCUUUCCUUUCAGUGUUGCGUCGACAAAGUCAUUUGGUCCCUAGCAAGGUGGUAAAACCCAAUAUAAGAAAAGAGACUUUAUCUA